AUGCUAACUCUUAAUACAAAUGAGAAUAUUUAAUCACAAGUACAAAUAUUAACUUAUGGAUGUUUAGAUAUUGAUUCUAUAAAAACAACCAUACCAGAUAAUUGUGCAACUUAAACAGAAAUAGAUAAUGCUGUAAAUGCGGUUAACGCAGGUUAGAGAUUUAAAUUAUUUACUUCAUAAUACAAUAUAACUUCUUAAAAUAUGCAUAUUUAUUACAAAAAUAUAAUGAUCUUUACUUAUUCCGAUUACUCAAUGUCAACCAUCAUAAAUACUUAACUUUAGACUACUUCAGUAAAAUAAGGAUUAAUUUUUUAGUCUGAGUAGAAUUUUGCAUACCCAAUAUAGUACUCAUAAAUAAAUCAAAGCAUAAGCAGAUAGUCUGCUUUACAAAGUGGAGAUGGAGCUUAUAGUUUUGUAACCCUAUAAAUAGAUGAAUCUGUUGAGAAAAUUUACAUAUAAUAUACUACUUUACCAUAAAUACUUGCUCUUGUAAAUAGAAAUAUAUAGGAUAAUAAAGAUAACUUUAGUGAAAUAUUUAUUUAUUUUUAAGAAAAUUCAAAUCUGCCAAUAUUUGUUCCUGUUUUUUAAAACAAAAAAAAGAGUUCAUUAGAAAUAGAAUAAUUUACUCUAAGUCCAUUAAAAAUAAGUGAAAAUACAAACACUUCUCCCAUCAACAACGACUUUGAAUUUAAGGUUUAAAAAAUACCUAAUUCCUAAAAUCGAAAGUCUUUAAGCUCUUCUUCAAAUUUAGAAAUAUUAAAUAAAAAUCUUAAACAAAUAAAUAACGAAAAUACAAAACUUGAUUUUUAUUUAUAAAAAAAAUAUUAUAAGUAACAAUCAAUUUAAAAUUAGUAGUAAUCCAUCCUAAAUACAAUAAAAAAUUCAAACUGCAACUUAUAACUAAAAACCAAAAUUGGAGAAAACAACCAUAAAAGUGUUGAUUUCGAAUUUUUGUAGUAAAAGUUUUAAAACAUUUAAAGCCUAAGCAUAUCUGAAAAGCUUAAAAAAAUAGUUUUUAAUAAAAAAUAUUGCUCAAAAAAGAAUCAGAUAAAAUGA